GAAACCUUUGUCAUGUUAUUCUUGUGUUAGCAGAAAUGCACGCUAUCUCCCAAAGUGACAGAUGAUGAGGUGUAUUUCUUCAAGAAACCUGUUGUCCCCAGGAAGCAGGAGCCGUCUCCUUUACUAGCCAAGGCGUCAGCCGAGGAGCCGUAUGUCGAGAUGGAGAUCAUCCCAGACACCGUCAGCGAACCCCCUGCAGACACAACCAGCGUCUCCAUAGAGGAACCUCAGACCCCACAGCCUGAGAAGUCUGUCAAGAAGAAAAGUGUUGUUAAACGUGUGCCAAGUGGAUACAUUGUCUUUGCUGGAGAGAUACGCAAAACGUGCCAGCAGGAAAACCCAGACUCUUCCUUUGGGGACAUCAGUAGAAUUGUUGGAACUAAGUGGCGAAGUCUUAGCAAAGAAGACAAGGAGCGUUAUGAAGAAAAGGCAAAGCGACUUGCAGAGGAGCAAGCAGCUAAGCAGCAGGAAGCUGACCGGGCAUUUAAUGAGUCCCUAAAUCAGAAUCGUUCUCAAAGCCCGUGGUCUGAUUAUGGUCGUAGCAUGUCCCCUGGGGCCAACAGCCGCCCCGCGACUCCAGGUGGGUAUAGUGAGGGCAAGAAGAAGAGUCAGCAGAAAGGAGGGUAUACUUCAGGCUAUGCACCUGGCCAUGUGGGCCCAUAUCCCCCUGGGUACCAGUCUCCAGGGUACCCCGGUCAACAUGGGUACCCACCACCACCAGGCUACCCGCCUCACGGGUACCCACCACACCAGCAGGGUUAUCCCCAAUACCCUGGCAUGCGCCCAAUGAUGGGAGCACCUGUUAGCCAAGGUCAGACACAAGCCCUGCCCCCACAGUCUAUCGUGCGAGGGGUGCCGCCAGGUAUCGCCAGGCUCCACCCGUCUCAUCAGUAUGGCAUGCAGCAGGGCGGGGCAUGUCCACAGCCUGGCCAGACUCCGUUAACACAGAUCCCCUCAGCUCCCCACCCCACUAUGUCCCCAGGGUUCUAUCCUGGUCAGCAUCUACCUCCACCUGCGCCACCUCGACCCCCGUCUCCUAUGUUUGUCAGUGUUCCUCCAAGGACCCAAAGACUCCUGCAUUCCGAAGCAUACAUCAGGUACAUUGAGAGUUUGAAUUCAGAGAGCCGCACUGUUGGAGACUUUGAGCGUUCACUCACAGCCACUCAGGAGAACACCCAGCCUAAGAGCACUACCCAGUUACCAACCCAAUGGCUGGGGCAGGGUGCAGGUUAUCACGACAGUGUAGUAACAGCUCUUUGGGCACUCAGAGAUCUCAUGAUGAAGGACACCCUUAAUGUACAACGUACACUCUCCUUUGAUCAGCUGUGAGAAGCACAUGCACAUCUCACAUUGAUGACUCAUGAGUGUGAUCACUUCUUUGCUCAGCCUUGUGCUGCACGUAUUGUGUUUGGACCAGCUUAAAUUAUGUGUUAUUUAAUGAUUAUAGUUCAUUAGUUGGUUAUCUAAGCAUUCAAACUAGUUUCAGAUGUCUGUGCACUGCCACUGAACUCCUAUUCCUGUUCCAAGUCACUGCCCCAUCUAUUUACCAUACAUCUUAGAUAUCAUGCAUUAGUUUUCACUGAACAGGUGACUGUGUGUAUCAGCAGCAGCAUUAUUGUGUUGAGUUUUACUGGUGAAAUUUAUACCCAUGUAAUACAGACACACUGUACAUCAUCUGAUUAUAGUAACUUAUUCAUUUCUGUAUCUUGUUUGGAAGUGAAUGUUUAUAUACGGUUGUGUAGUGAUUGUACAUGUAAGUGUGCUUUUUAGCAGAGGGUUAAGCGGAAAUACUGAUGUAUACUACAUGUAUAAUAUUGUGUGCGAUCAUUAUUGAAAUGAUAGAAAGUUGAGUAGGUGAAUAUGGUACAGUAGAUUUGCAUUUAAAGUACACUAAAUACAGCCAAUUCCAUUUUCCCAUGUGGUAAAGAGCCGAAAGUAUCCAGUUCUGAAAUGUACCCUAUAUUGUCUAGGUUCAUUUGAACAUUUCACAGCAUUUAUUUACCUACAACAUGCAGGUUACAAAAUUAGAAUGUGAAAAAAAAUCAUGUUUUGUGUUGAUGAUUGUUUUGCUAUGUGUUCAGCAUUUUAUGUUAUUAAAUUGUCCAAGUUGAU